AAAAUUCAAAAAUAUAAGAUAUAAGAUAUAAAAUUGAAAAAUACGAAAUCCGCGAGUCACUAAUAGCACAAUUAUCCCAAAUUUAUUUAUUUAUUUAUUUUUUGCGCAGUAUUAGAGGAGAGGAACUGUGCCAUUGUACAAGUUAGAUUGUUAAAUUCUCCAAUAAUCUCUUCUUUUCUUUUUAUAAACAAAUUCCAUGUCCUUGUUUUGCUUUUGAUUGUUCUUUACCAUUUUCUCCUUUUUAGCUGAUAUGGGUCUGGGAUUGUGAUGAUUUCAGCUCCCUUUUUUGUUUAAGAUUCUUGAUUUCAGUAGUGAUAAAGAGCUAUAGUAUUAGAAGAUUGCAUUUUUUGUACUAUUAUUUCUUUAAUGAUGGUGAUGGUUUUAGUGGUGAAGGAGGAGGUUUCGUUUUUGACCAGACAAAGGGAUCAAAUAAAGCAAACGACAAUGAAAAGUAAAAGAAUGGGGAAGAAAAUAUGUCCCCUUUGAUUGGCAUUGUGGCUUCUUGUUUUACUGGGUGUGGUUUUUGUCUUCUUCAAGGCUAGUUCUCUUGUAAAUUAGCUCUCUCUCUCUCUCUCUCUCUCUCUCUCUCUCUCUCUCUCUUGGAAACAAAAAGAAAAAGGGUCCUUGUUAGAUUCUUUAGCAUCUCCAAAAGGGUGUUUAAAGAAAGCUAAUGUAUCAACCUUCCAGUCGAAAAGAAGCUGACAUGAGGCUUGAUAGCCAAGUUCUAGAUCUAGAAACGGCUGUAAAAGAUGGGAUUUUGGGAGGAAAUUGUGGGGUGAUAUCCACUGGUUUUGGUUUAAAGAAAUUGGAUCUGAAGUUAAUGGUCGAAGAGCUUGAGUCCAUUGAUAUGCCUACGGUUUUCAUAUGUCCAAUUUCUUUGGAGCCAAUGCGAGACCCUGUGACCCUUUGCACUGGUCAAACCUACGAGAGAUCCAACAUUGUUAAAUGGUUCUCAUUAGGCCAUUACACAUGUCCCACCACAAUGCAAGAGCUUUGGGAUGAUUCGGUGACUCCAAAUAAAACCCUUCAGCAGCUAAUUUAUAGUUGGUUUUCACAGAAGUAUUUGGCUAUGAAGAAGAGGUCAGAGGAUGUGCAAGGAAGGGUCAAAGAGGUUUUGGAGAAUUUGAAGAAAGUUAAGGGUCAAGCUAGAGUUCAAGCACUUAAAGAGCUUAGGCAAGUGGUUCAAGCUCAUGGGACAGCUUUGAAGACUGUAGCGGAAAAUGGAGGCAUUGCUUUCAUUUCAUCUUUGCUUGGUCCUUUUACAACCCAUGCUGUUGGCUCAGAGGUGAUUGGUAUUCUUGUGAACUUCAAUCUUGAUUUAGAUUCCAAGUCUGAUUUGUUGCAACCUGCUAAAAUAUCUUUGAUAGUUGAUAUUUUAAAUGAAGGGUCGAUUGAGACCAAGAUUAACUGUACUAGGUUGAUUGGAAUGUUGAUGGAAGGGAAUGAUUUUGCAUCCCAAAAUGUUGCAAGUUUGAGUCUUUUAGUUGGUUUGUUGAGGUUAGUGAAAGAUAAAAAGCACCAAAGUGGGGUUUUAUCUGGACUCAUUUUACUCAAAACAGUUUGUUCUAAUGAAUCAGUUAGGAACUCUUUUGUCAAUGUUGGGGCAGUCCCUCAAUUGGUUGAAUUGAUGCCUGGUUUGAACAAUGAAUGUUUGGAAUUAGUCCUUCGUAUAUUGGAACUUUUGUCAAGUAUUCCAGAAGGAAGAUUGGCUCUAAAAGAUUGUCCAAAUACCAUACCAAAUGUGGUGAAAUUAUUGAUGAAAGCUUCUGAAAACUGUACUCAGCUUGCAUUGUCAAUACUCUGGUCCAUAUGCAAGUUUGCACCAGAGGAAUGCGCUUCACUUGCUGUUGAUGCUGGUCUAGCUGCAAAGCUCCUUCUAGUUAUACAGAGUGGUUAUGAUCCCGUGUUGAAGCAACGGUCGGCCGAGUUAUUGAAACUGUGUAGCCUAAAUUUCACUGAUAACAUCUUUAUUUCCAAGUGUAAGCUUACACGAACUAUUGAAUGAACUUUCUGGUUUGGUUCCCUUGUCCAAUAUAACAAAUGGGGUUGAUGAGCAACCAGCUUUGGAGAA